AGGCGCUCCAGGCGAGGUCGGAGGCCGGGCAGCUCUCGGUGGUAGCGCUCGCUGUUGUGGUCUUGGAGCUCGCGAGUGGGCGCACGGGACUUCUCCCUCCUUUGGCAGGGCUGGGGCCGGUACGGACCCCACCCCAUCCUAUCCCCGGCACCAGAACAAAGACGACAGAAAGUCGAAGAGUAUCUAUCAAGAAAGAAAACUUUUUCUGGUGCACCUAUUCAAGAAAACCAGACAUCGAUCAGCAGCACCAGAACUAGGAGAGCAACUACCAGUAAACUGCAAGAUAAGUUACAGCUCUCAACAUCUCCCAAGCCAGAAAUGGAAAAUAAAGAGAAUGCUGAUAAAGUGUCAUGGGAGCAAUCAAUUGUAAACUCAGAAGCAAAUGUUACUCUAAACUCUUCUACAGUCCCACUGACAAGUUACAUAGCAGGGACAAACUAUAAUCUUGAAAAUCAAGCUCCACAGAAUAAAGUCAUUGAUAUAAAAUCUCAGAAUGCAUCACUUAGCAAGGCCAUCUUGGAAAUUAAAAGAAUUAAAGAGAGGCAUUUGACAGCAGAAAAACAAAAUGCAAGUGUCAUCAUACCAAAGAAACCAGCACUUGGCAGAUAUCGUGGCAAAGUUAUCCAAUCCAAGAUAAAUUCUUUCUGGAAAGCAGGAAAAACUGAGGGGGAAAAGAGUUCUUUGCCAGAUAAGAAGCCUUUUCCUUCUGCCACCAAACAAGCAGCAAACUCUUUGUCCACAAAAAGCUGUAAUACAGUUCCGAAGACCAUCAAAGUUGCAAACAACCCUAAGUCUGUAAAAUCAAGUGUCCUGCCAUUUCAGAGCAAACCAUCUGACAAAGCUGCUACUAACUCACAGUCUGGUCUGAAGAAACAGCCACUUGCUGUGGCACCAAAAAAAGUUAUAGUCCCAAAAGUGGUUGGUGGAAGGCGACCACAGCCACUGAAGGCCGCCUCUAGCAAUCCUGAUCGCAAAGUGCGGGGUGUGAAGAAAUGCACAGAUUUUUGUGAAGAUGCACAACCAGAAGCUUUAGCAAGAUCAACUUUUGUUGCUCCUGGUACAAAAUCAGGACACAAUUCUAGAAUGGACGAAAACAGAAAAUCUAUUCUGCCAAAAGAGUCAGCAGAAGAGAGAAGAGCUCGCCUGGAUGAAUGGAGGGCAUCUAGAGGGAAAGUGAUGAGACGACCUCCUAUACGUGCACUUCUGGGACCCCAGUCUAAAAGUGAAGAACAAGAAUUCUCUGCUGCUGAUGCAGAAAAGGUCAACAAGACUCUGAGUGAAUGCCUGCAUUUAACAGAACAGGGACAUCACAGUGAUGAAGCACGUGCCAUGUUGGAAGAUCUGAUACACAGUAUUCCUGGGGUUAAAAAGCUUGCAAAAUAUUGGAUCUGCUGUAUGCGUCUUGAACAAACGGGCCAUCUUGGAAAGCUUAUUGCUGUCUAUGAGGAGGCCAUUUUGGCAGGAGCAAUGCCCAGAGAGGAAUUGCGACACACACUAGUAGAGACCAUCAAAAAUACUGAAGGUCUUUUUAACUCUGACAAUGGGGGAACAGUGACAGAAGCUCAUUUAAGUGAGGUAGUGGAAGUCAGCAAGGAACCAAAUUCAUCUGUAGAGCCAGUUCACGAACCCUUCAAAGAUCUCUGCCAAGAUGAUGACCAAAAAGAAGAGAAUGAUAAUAAGAAGGCAGAGACAAGCAGUGAAGUUAUCAAAAAAGAAGAAAUUGAUUUAGACUUAAAACCAAGAGGAGAGAUCUUGCCAAAAAAGAAUAAAAAGCAGAGGGCUAAAGAACGGGCAAAGAAGAAAGGAAAAUGUGACAGAGAACAGAAGGAGGAUGGGAUGAAAAAUACAGCCCAAGCAAUUAAUUCUCCUGAGAAAGAGAAUGACACAUCUCAUUCAAUGAGAUGCAACCCUCCUACCACACCAUAUUUGGAAAGUGUGAAGAUGCAUCCUGAGGCAAAUGACUGCAGUGCUAAAGAUCUGAAAAUCAUAACUCCUUUGCGAUAUUCUCAACGCAUUCGGGAGAAGAUGUGCAAGCUGCCUGAUACUGUUAAAGAUCAAGAUCCAUGUGUCUCUUCACUUGAGCAGCUGGGAGACUUGGAUUCAAAAGCUACUGUGUUUAUUCACAAACAGAGCAAUGGCCUCCAAGAAACAAGUGCUGAAAUAGAAGAGUAAAAGUAGUGCUAUUGCUACAGGGGGGUUAAAGAUUUGAUAGGGAGAGUUGAAGAGUAUUUGUUUUAUGCAGCUUUGAGAAAGGAGCUGUCUAAAAUGUUUGUGGACUGCCUGUGUCACUAAAACUUUUAAAGUUUCGGCCUUUUCAAAAUUUUAUAAUCUGUCCAGAUUUUUUAAUUUAAAAUCUGUCCUGGGUUAUGUACUAGACUAAGCACUGUUGUCUUUAUGUUGACUAUAUUUCAUUAAAUUUUCAGUUAAGGACUAGGCAUAAUGCUUCAUGUUAGUAGCUCACGGCAGUAUAUUGCUAAUACCUACUGUUUACUUGUUGCAAUUCCUAUGAAUUCCUUAGAAACAUGCAAUCCUUUAGUUUAAGAAAACAAAAUAAUGUAGGUGUUCCAGUAAUGCAAUGUCUACUCUGACAAGAUUUAGCUUUGAAAACUGAAGCCAGCUAAUAAGGUGUGUGCUGAAUUUAAACUGUUGUAUCUAGUUUAAGGGCUGCCUCAACAAACAGAGUUUAAUCUCUUUAGUUACUGAGGUUUGUUCAUUAUCAAGUAAUCCUAGAUGAGAUCUGAUACACUACUUACUAUGUGACAAUUUUUAUGUUGGUUUCUAUUAGCCUGUAUACUUAUUAAACUCAUCAGUCUGUACUAUGGUACACUUAUUAAACUCAUCACUUUA